UGCUCCCGACAAGGUUGAUGGUGGCGAUGAUGAUGGAGGAGGAGGAAGAACGCAUGAAACGCGAUGUGUUGAUCGAGGAGGAACGCAAGAAGUUGUUGAUCGAGGAGGUAUUUUUGAGGCUUCCACCGCCGUCGGUGGCUCGAUUCAAAUCCAUUUCCAAGUGGUGGUGACAAUAUCUGUCCGAAACACCGUUUGUGGAUAGAUAUGAGGCUAGAAAUCUCUCGAUUUUAGGGUUUUUCUACCAGACAAACUACAACAAGUUCGUUUUCAGAGCAAUCCCAUCCAAUCCCAAUGAUAAGUGUUCGAUUUCGAUUUCCACAGGCAAUCGCCUAUGAACCAGUUUUGAGAGCCAUAUCGGAGUAUCAGAUAACACUCUGCUAGUCAUUAACUCUUCCAAUGGCCUACUCCUCCUCUACUCUUCAAUGCCUGUUCCAUACUAUGAGGUUUAUAAUCCUACUACCGGUGAUAAAGUCUCUGUCCGAUUCUCUUACAAUUACGAAACCUUUGCCACACGGUAUAUGUUAUUUGGAUUUGCUUUUGAUCCUUAUUCUACCAAUCCCUGUUUCACAAUCGUCGACAUUGCAGAUACUGGAGCUCGUAAGUUUCGGGUUUUUUCUUAUUAUUCACUUCGCUCAUAUUGGAGGACAACCUAUCACAGGGUCCCCUCCUAUGUCAGGGACGACUAUGCACUAUCUGGUCGGUCCACCUUCUGUAGAGGGGCUUUGCAUUGGUUGUUGGAACCUUCGGGUGUCGUCUCCUUUGAUGUUCGCGCCAAAACCAUUUCAUUCUUCUUGAUUGACAUACCGGGCGAUGAGAAAUACUUAGAUGAUGAUGGGUUGUGCAUAUGGGUUAAGAUGAUGAGGGAUGCUGGGUUAUAUUCCAACGGUUAUUGUAGUUGCCGUUAUUUGGGGGUAUCCGGAGACGACCUAAUAUACAUUCGAGUUACGGGUCAUUCUCAGUUGUCCCUCUGGGCUCUCAACCGCGGUACAUGGUCUCAUACCAGUGUCAUUUAUGUUGGGAACUUACCCGAAUCUCUCUUCUUGGGUUGCGUUUUAGAGUUCCACAAAAUGGAGACCCCUCUCCUAUACCUGAGGGUGAAAAGGAGGAUUUUUUCAUAUUGCCUCGUUGAUGGUGUGCUUCAGGAGCUUUUUAGAAUCACUAAAGAAUAUGGAGGAGGAGAGAAUUGCCUUGGCUUUAUCAUUCCCUAUCAACUGCCGAGAAUUUCCUUGUCCAUUCCCAGUAUUACUCCCCAAGAUUUACCCUCGAAUGACCCAAGUUUUGCUUUCCUGUUCAAUGCUGUGAAGCAGUUGCAAGAGCUAUAACUGAAGACACGUUUGAUCACCCGAAAGCAAACAUGUUCUUAGAUUGAGCGAAAUCAAUCGUUCGUCGUCUGAACAACGAUGGCCUUAUUCAUCUCUAUAGUCAGCUCGGGAUUUGUCAAGUGGCUGCGAAAUGUUUUCCUCAUCUCCAGCAUGUCGAGUUCGAUCCAACUGGAAUUCCUGUAUGGUCCUUCUACAACUUGCAUCCCCCUUUAACAUUCAUCGGUCUUCGUGAUACAGUGGUCAAGUACAAUGACUUCAUUCGGGUUGAAGGAUGUCUAUAUGGAUUCACCACUAAACGUGCGAUUUGAUUCAGCGAGUAAGACGUGUAAGCUAGCCUUCUGAUCAGCAGAAGUUGAAGCUGUUGCCAUUGGAGCUUCUUCGGGGAAUUGAAAGCAUCUCCAGUGCUCUACCCUAGAUGUGGAAAUUUCUGACUUAUUUAUGUUCUUUUGUUCUUCCCUCUCAACAUCAUUCCCUUUUUUUUUCCUUUUAGAAUGAAUUCCAAUAGCCAAUUCGAAAAUUAGCUUUUAUAUUGCAGUAAAAAGGAUGUUUUCUUGUGUUGCAGCAGUGCUAUUACUCAAAAAGAAUAAAAAAUAGAGCCUCCUCAUCCAUUCAAUUUUACCCUAGUCCAGGCCAUGUGUGGUAUUGCCACAAAAAGAUCUAGGCCGUCCAGUUAUGUGGGUUUUUACAUUUGUGCCACAAUAAAUUGGAAUUCCGUUACUAGCCUUCACUGAAAUCAACAAAAGAGAUGAGGAAAUUUCUAGAAGCUUCCCCCUCCCCUGUUUAUUUUGUCUAACCGAAGUGGGGUGUUGGUGCUAUGAAGUUCGAGGUGUGACUUCAAUCUAUUUUGAUGAUUCAAGUAGUUCAUAUUAUAAAAUUUGUCGAGUAGUAACUUAUAAUAAGAUCACAUGAUUUUAUAUAAAUGAUUUGAAUUAUCAAAAUAUAUUUGGAACAAACCAUGAGCCUGUCUUGUUGUGACAAU